AUGGAUGACCCUGUGCGCUUCGAAGUGCAGCCAGCGUAUCGCUUCGAGGGGCAAAAAACAAAGAUCAAAGCUCCGAAGGAAAUCGCAUACUUUUCGUAUGAUGACGAGCGCAAAUACCAUCCCGACUGCUCCUCGUUGAGCUAUUACUACCCGCCCCCCAUCCCACCGGAGGGCAUCGACCUCUCAAAGGGCUUCGAGAAGUUCCACCAGCUCGACGACUCCAACGAUGAGCACCUUGACAGCCUACUGCGUACCAUCAUGGAUCUGGAGAAGAAAGAUGGCCACAUGUGCGAAGCGGACGUCGUGACGUGGCGGGGGAUGAUGACCAAGAUCGUCACCGCGCCUUACGAUAAAUUCAGCGAGUUUGAGAUGAAUGCUACAAAAUUCCAGGUAAUUAACGAAGGCUCUGGCAGAUUCAUUGAAGAGCAUCACAUCCGCAGAGAUGAAGAGAGAAACGGCCUCCGCCAUAAUGGUUACUCAGGCAACAGGUUCCCCCCUGAGAUGAUGUCGUAUUGGGUGGCAGGAUACAAGUUCGAGACCCUGUCUGUGAUUCCGAAUAUCUGGGACGCAGUGUCACGCGACACCAUUGAGGGGCGAGAUGAGGAAGUGGUCAACAACUACUCGCAAUAUUGUUCCGUCGUGCGCACCGCCAUAGGAGACAACAGCUUGGUCAUAGGCGGUGAAGUAGACGCAGUAUGGGACGAGAAGCCCGAGGACGCCGACCGGGCCAUCAACUGGGUUGAGCUGAAGACUACGGAAAUCUUCCCGCCCAACGACGACAGAGCACUGCUCAAGUUCGAGCGCAAGCUGCUCCGCAUGUGGGCACAGUCAUUCCUGCUAAACGUGCCUAGACUCGUCAUCGGCUUCAGGGACAGCGGAGGCAGGCUCCACCAGAUCAAAGAGCUCGAGACACAGAGAAUCCCCGGCAUAGUCAAAAGAAAAGAGACCAUCAGGAGACAACCGUGUCCCUGGGACGCGUUUGGCUGCUUGAAGUUCGCCGAUGACGUUCUUUGCUGGCUGAGACGAGAGAUUGGAGAAGGCAUCUGGAGGAUCCGGAAGCGUAAAGGCGAGGGCCACAUUGAGUUGCUCAAGCUCACGGAAGAAGGCCCCGGCCGCGUCCUCUCGGAGGAGUUUGUCCAAUGGCGGCGCUCAGAUGAGUUCCGGAGCAUGCAGCAAACGGCGGCGAUGCAGUAG